UUAAGACAAAGAUUGACAAUGAAAACGGCAGGAAUUUUAAAUACAAAAAGAAGGCACCGCCCCUUCCCACAGCUGUAGCUCCCUCCCCGUAGGACUUCAAGAGAGCGACAGUCCGUGGAGGGAAAACUACAAUUCCCAUUGAACCACCAUGCCCACUUCCUGUGCAGCUCCCAUCGCGGCUCGGCUUCCGUCAUCAUUGUGUCGUGGGUUCCACUUGGAAGCCGUUCACUUCUAGUGUUGCUCUCUCUGCUCCUCGCCCCUCCCCCGUCGUGAUGGCUGCCACCACUUCGUCUUCGCCCCCCGCAACGCCAGCCUCAGCCCCAGACACAGCUCCAUCCAAGAGCCAGUUAAUGGGCGGCUGCUUGAGCUGCCGCCUCUUAUCGGGAGUGGGCCUUCUGGGGGCCGGCGGGUACGUGUACUGGAUGGCGCGGCGGCCCAUGAAGCUUGGCUAUUAUCCCAGCCCCGGGACUAUCUUCCAGAUGGUCGUCGGCAUAAGCAUUGCAUGUUGGGGGAUGGUCAUACUGGUGGACCCUGUAGGAAAAGCCUAUCCUGCAGAAUCAAAGAAGCAAUAAUGGUGAUAAUGAUGAAAAUGGCAACUUCUACAAAUCAGCCAUUCAUUCCUAUGGACUACCCAGCCACCCCAUUGGACUACCCAGAUCCGGAGGACAGAAGUAAGAGACCUUCAGAUGUUCCAGACAAGAAUGAUCUAGCUUUAAAGCUGUGGAUGCUUGUAGGGAAAAUGGACAAAGUGUGGUUACAUAUUUCUUUUUCCCCAGACCUACCCUCCCAUAAUAGUGAAUAAAUUUCUCAUAGAAGAA